CAUUUUAGGGUUUUUAGAGCGGGGCAAACCCUUGCGCUUCGUCUUCGGCUUUGCGAUUUCUCAAUGGCGCGUACCAAGCAGACUGCUCGCAAGUCCACGGGAGGAAAGGCGCCCAGGAAGCAGCUCGCAACCAAGGCUGCCAGGAAAUCGGCUCCCACCACUGGAGGAGUGAAGAAGCCCCACCGCUACCGCCCAGGAACAGUCGCUCUCCGUGAAAUUCGCAAGUACCAGAAGAGCACUGAGCUGCUCAUCCGCAAGCUGCCAUUCCAGAGGCUUGUUCGUGAGAUUGCGCAGGACUUCAAGACCGAUCUGAGGUUCCAGAGCCAUGCCGUGCUCGCGCUCCAGGAGGCAGCGGAGGCAUACUUGGUGGGUCUUUUCGAGGACACGAAUCUGUGCGCGAUCCAUGCCAAGAGGGUGACCAUCAUGCCCAAGGACAUCCAGUUGGCUCGCCGCAUUCGUGGAGAAAGGGCGUAAGCCAUGGCUACCAGACUGCUUCUACCACUACUACUAGUACUGCUGUGAUUGAUAUAAAAAGCUUUCUUUGAUAUACCUUUCCUGUAAUAUACUACUACUGCUAGUUUGACUCUAAACAAUCCCAAGGUUGUUCUUUUA